GACUCUCUCUGUUUCCGUUUUCCAAUUUCCAAUCUCCGCGAAAAGCUCUCUGGUCAUCAACAGUCCAGUGGUCCACUGUCGCACACAGUACACACACACUCUCCAUUCUUUGUCACCACACCGUCUUCAACCUCGCAUCUGUCCUCCGUCACGUUGCUCAAAUUCAAGGUGUAGAGAUAUGAGCAAUUCGAUAGGGAAUAAGGUGCUGCGCCAAAGUUUUCUUCCUUGGACUGUUUUAGAGCCUCGGAGCAGAAUCAAUUCGACUUCCACUGGUAAAAAUACUUUAUUUUCACCUCAAGCAACUUCUGCGGCACGAAAAUCGCCUAUAUCAACCGAGUUUCACGGCAGCAAAUUGACUGUAAAGGAAAAGAAAUUAUCAAUGGGAAAAGAACGCGGUCUUUCUAGCUUCCCUCGAGCUGUUUUAGCCACCGAUCCUUCUUCGCAGAUUGCGGAAAAGUUCAACCUUGAUGGAAAUAUUGAACUGCAGGUUGAUGUCACGGCCCCUCAUUCAGGGGCCAGACCUGCGGUUGACAUUAAAGUAACACAUGGUGGUGAUGACCUAAUUCUGCAUUGGGGUGCAGUACAAGAUAGGAAAGGCAAAUGGGUGCUUCCUGAUUGUCGUCCAGAUGGAACUAAAGUAUACAAGAAUAGAGCACUUAGAACUCCUUUUGUUAAAUCUGGUGAUAUUGCUUCUCUUAGAAUUGAGAUUGCUGAUCCCACAAUUCAGGCCAUAGAGUUUCUUAUUUUUGAUGAAGGCCAGAACAAAUGGUUUAAGAAUAAUGGUGACAACUUUUCAAUUGGAGUGCCUUCUGGAGGGCCACAGGUUUCAAAUGUAUCAGUGCCUGAAGAUCUUGUGCAGAUUCAGGCAUAUCUGAGGUGGGAAAGAAAAGGGAAACAGAUGUAUACUCCUGAGCAAGAGAAGGAGGAGUAUGAAGCAGCUCGAACUGAGUUACAGGAGGAAAUAGCAAGGGGUACUUCCAUCCAGGACCUUCGAGUAAGGUUAACUAAAAGAAAUGAUGCAAAUGAAAGCAAGGAUCCACCUGUUCCUGAAAGGAGCAAUAUCCCUGAUGAUCUUGUGCAAAUACAAGCUUAUAUACGAUGGGAAAGAGCUGGGAAGCCAAACUAUUCUCCAGAACAACAGCUUAAAGAAUUCAAAGAAGCAAGAAAAGAGCUUCAACUUGAACUACAGAAGGGUACUUCAGUUAGUGAGAUACGAGAGAAGAUUGUAAAAGGAGAAAUACAAACCAAGGUUGCUAAACAACUGGAGAAAAAGAGUUAUUUUACUGCUGAAAGAAUUCGGAGAAAGAAGAGGGACACCACACAACUUGUAAAUAAGUACCCUUCUCGAUCUAGAGAAGAGAGGACCUAUUCAGAACCACAAGCGCUAUCUGCAAUUGAGCUAUUUGCUAAGGCAAAGGAAGAAGAGGUUGAUGGUUCCAUCAUGGACAAGAAAUUAUACAAUCUGUCUGAUGGGAAACUUCUGGUAUUCAGUGCAAGGUCCUCUAGUAAGAUGAAAAUUUAUCUGGCCUCAGAUGUUAAAGAGCCACUUAUUCUUCACUGGGCUUUAUCCCGGAGACCUGGAGAGUGGAUUGCACCCCCUUCAAGUGCAUCGCCCCCUGGUUCAGUUUCUUUGGAUAAAGCCAUUGAAACACAAUUUUCAAAAACUUCUUCUGACAACUUAACUUACAAGGUUCAAUCCCUUGAAAUAGAAUUUGAAGAUGACAAUUAUCUGGGAAUGCCAUUUGUUCUUUUGGCUGAUGGGAAAUGGAUAAAAAACAAAGGAUUCGACUUUUAUGUUGAAUUUGGUGCUAAAACUAAGCAGAUCGAGCAGGCUGCUGGAGAUGGCAGGGGCACAGCAAAGGCUUUGCUGGACAAGAUAGCAGAGAUGGAAAGUGAGGCUCAGAAAUCUUUUAUGCACCGAUUCAAUAUUGCAGCAGACUUGACAGAAGAAGCUAGGAGUGCUGGUGAAUUGGGCUUUGCUGGGAUUCUUGUGUGGAUGAGAUUUAUGGCCACUAGACAGUUGAUUUGGAAUAAGAACUACAACGUAAAGCCCCGUGAGAUAAGCAAGGCUCAGGACAGGCUCACAGAACUACUCCAGAAUGUUUAUAUAGAUCAACCACAAUAUCGUGAAAUUUUGCGAAUGAUUAUGUCAACUGUUGGUCGUGGAGGUGAAGGAGAUGUGGGCCAGCGCAUAAGGGAUGAGAUCCUUGUUAUUCAGAGGAAAAAUGAUUGUAAGGGUGGAAUGAUGGAGGAGUGGCAUCAGAAACUGCAUAAUAAUACAAGCCCAGAUGAUGUUGUGAUCUGUCAGGCAUUGAUUGACUAUAUCAAAAAUGACAUGGACAUCAGUGUUUACUGGAAAACCCUCAAGGAAAAUGGUAUAACAAAAGAACGCCUCUUGAGUUAUGAUCGUGCAAUCCAUUCUGAACCAAAUUUUAGGAGAGAUCAGAAGGAUGGCCUUCUACGUGAUCUUGGGAAAUACAUGAGAACACUGAAGGCAGUGCAUUCUGGUGCUGAUGUUGAGUCUGCAAUUGCAAAUUGCAUGGGUUAUAGAGCGGAGGGAGAAGGCUUCAUGGUUGGAGUGCAGAUAAACCCUGUUUCAGGGUUGCCAUCAGGAUUUCAGGAACUGCUACAAUUUGUUUUAGAGCAUAUUGAAGAUAAAAAUGUGGAAGCUCUACUUGAGGGUUUGCUUGAGGCUCGUCAGGAGCUUAAGCCAUUACUUUUCAAGCCAAAUAACCGCCUUAAGGACCUCAUAUUUCUGGAUCUUGCUCUUGAUUCUUCUGUUAGAACAGCUGUAGAAAGGGGCUAUGAGGAAUUGAAUAAUGCCAGUCCAGAGAAAGUUAUGCAUUUCAUCUCUCUUGUCCUUGAAAACCUCGUGCUUUCAAUUGAUGCUAAUGAAGAUCUUGUUUAUUGCUUAAAGGGAUGGGAUAAAGCACUAGACAUGUCAAAAGGUGGAGAUCAAAGCUGCGCCUUAUUUGCAAAGUCAGUUCUUGACAGGACGCGACUUGCACUUGCAAGCAAGGCAGAGUGGUACCAUCAGUUAUUGCAGCCAACUGCAGAGUACCUUGGGUCACAGCUUGGAGUGGACCAAUGGGCUGUAAAUAUAUUCACUGAAGAAAUGAUCCGUGCAGGAUCUGCUGCUUCAUUAUCUGCACUCCUUAAUCGGCUUGAUCCUAUUCUUCGAAAAACUGCUCAUUUGGGAAGUUGGCAGGUUAUAAGUCCAGUUGAAGCUGUUGGAAAUGUUGUUGUUGUGGAUAAAUUACUCUCUGUCCAGAAUAAAUCAUAUGAAAGAAAAACAAUUUUGGUGGCAAAAUCUGUAAAAGGAGAGGAAGAAAUUCCUGAUGGUACUGUUGCUGUGUUGACACCAGACAUGCCAGAUGUUCUCUCUCAUGUUUCUGUUCGAGCAAGAAACAGCAAGGUAUGCUUUGCUACAUGCUUUGAUUCCAGUAUAUUGGCUGAUCUCCAGGCCAAGGAGGGGAAGUUCUUGCGCUUGAAACCUACUUCCGCUGAUAUAAUUUAUAGUGAGGUAACAGAAAGUGAGCUGAAAAGUUCAAGUAACUUCAAUGAUGCUGGCCCGUUACCAUCUAUUACUUUAGUUAGAAAGCAGUUUGGCGGUAAAUAUGCAAUAUCAUCCAAGGAAUUCACUAGUGAAAUGGUUGGAGCUAAGUCACGGAAUAUUGCAUACCUCGAAGGAAAAGUACCAUCUUGGAUUGGGAUCCCUACCUCAGUUGCCCUUCCAUUUGGAGUUUUUGAGAAAGUUCUUUCAGAUUAUUUGAACAAGGAAGUGGCAGCAAAAGUCAAGGAUCUGAAGAGGAAAUUACACAGAGGAGACUUCCAUGUCCUUGGUGACAUUCGCAGGACAGUUUUGGACCUUGCGGCACCAUCGCAGCUGGUAAAGGAACUUAAAGACAAGAUGCAGAGUUCUGGCCUUCCUUGGCCUGGCGAUGAAGGCCAGCAACGAUGGGAACAAGCUUGGAUGGCUAUAAAAAAGGUCUGGGCUUCAAAGUGGAAUGAGAGAGCAUACUUCAGCACAAGAAAGGUCAGACUUGACCAUGAUUAUCUCAGCAUGGCAGUCCUUGUUCAAGAGAUAAUAAAUGCAGAUUAUGCAUUUGUUAUCCAUACUACUAAUCCAUCUUCAGGAGACUCGUCAGAAAUAUAUGCUGAGGUGGUCAAGGGUCUCGGAGAGACGCUUGUAGGAGCUUAUCCAGGCCGCGCGCUGAGUUUUAUCUGCAAGAAGAAUAGUCUCAAUUCUCCUGAGGUAUUGGGUUACCCCAGCAAACCCAUAGGACUUUUCAUAAGGCGAUCUAUAAUCUUCCGAUCAGAUUCCAAUGGUGAAGAUCUUGAAGGAUAUGCUGGUGCUGGUCUCUAUGACAGUGUUCCAAUGGAUGAAGAGGAGAAAAUUGUGCUUGAUUACUCCUCAGACCCAUUAAUCACUGAUAGCAACUUCCGCCAAUCAAUCCUCUCUAACAUAGCACGUGCAGGAAAUGCGAUUGAAGAGUUGUAUGGAUCUUCUCAAGACAUUGAAGGUGUGGUAAAGGAUGGAAAAAUAUAUGUUGUCCAGACCAGGCCCCAGAUGUGAGCUAAUGUCCUGGUUUGUUCGUCUUAUGCAUCAAUAUACAGAAGAAUAUUUACUUGUUUGCACUAGAUAUGGCCGUAUAAAACAAUUCAACAACCACAACCCUCAAUACUCAUCCAGAAGGGGUGGUGGUCUUAGGGGUCUUGUGGGCAAAGCGAACAAGAAGGUGGAGCAGUAACUAAUGGGACUUGAGGGUGAAGUUGGUACGGAAGCUGAACGUUGCCAUGCAAAUUUAUAACACGAAACCCAUUUUUCUGGGACAUUUGAUUGAUAUCCAAUUCUAUUGUUGUUGUAAUAAUAACAAGUCCCAUCAAGAGCUGUAAUGGAUAUUACAAUGUAAAAGUUCAAUAUGAUUAAUAUAUAACAGAAAUUUAUUUCCCA